AUGGCAAUACAUAGUAAUACAUGGAACCACAUGGCUGUACAUAGUAAUACAUGGCAAUACAUGGUAAUACAUGGCAAUACAUGGCUAUACGUAGUAACACACGGCAAUACAUGGUAAUACAUAGUAAAACAUAACAAUACAUGGCUAUACAUGGUAGUACAUGGUAAUACAUGGCUAUACAUGGCAAUACGUGGCUAUACAUGGUAAUACAUGGCGAUACAUGGUAAUACAUAGUAAUAAAUGGGAGUACAUGGCAAUACAUGGCUACACAUGGCAGUACAUGGUAAUACAUGGUUAUACAUGGCAAUACGUGGCUACACAUGGUAAUACAUGGUGAUACAUGGUAAUACAUGGCAAUACAAGGCUAUACAUGGUAAUACAUGGCAAUACAUGGUAAUACAUGGCAAUACAUGGUUAUACGUAGUAAUACACGGCAAUACAUGGUAAUACAUAGUAAAACAUAACAAUACAUGGCUAUACAUGGUAGUACAUGGUAAUACAUGGCUAUACAUGGCAAUACGUGGCUAUACAUGGUAAUACAUGGCGAUACAUGGUAAUACAUAGUAAUAAAUGGGAGUACAUGGCAAUACAUGGCUACACAUGGCAGUACAUGGUAAUACAUGGUUAUACAUGGCAAUACGUGGCUACACAUGGUAAUACAUGGUGAUACAUGGUAAUACAUGGCAAUACAAGGCUAUACAUGGUAAUACAUGGCAAUACAUGGUAAUACAUGGCAAUACAUGGUUAUACGUAGUAAUACACGGCAAUACAUGGUAAUACAUAGUAAAACAUAACAAUACAUGGCUAUACAUGGUAGUACAUGGUAAUACCUGGCUAUACAUGGCAAUACGUGGCUAUACAUGGUAAUACAUGGCGAUACAUGGUAAUACAUAGUAACAAAUGGGAGUACAUGGCAAUAAAUGGCUAUACAUGGCAGUACAUGGUAAUACAUGACUAUACAUGGCAAUUCGUGGCUAUACAUGGUAAUACAUGGUGAUACAUGGCAAUACAUGGCAAUACAAGGCUAUACAUGGUAAUACAUGGCAAUAAGUGGCAAUAUAUGGUAAUCCAUGGCAAUUCAUGGCUAUACAUGCAUGGUAAUAUAUGGCGAUACAUGGUAAUGCAUAGUAAUACAUGGGACUACCUGGCAAUACAUGGCUAUACAUGGCAAUACGUGGCUAUACAUGGUAAUACAUGGCGAUACAUGGCUAUACAUGGCAAUACGUGGCUAUACAUAGUAAUAAAUGGGAGUACAUGGCAAUACAUGGCUAUACAUGGCAGUACAUGGCAAUACAUGGCUAUACAUGGCAGUACAUGGUUAUACAUGGCUAUAAAUGGCAAUACGUGGCUAUAA